AUGUCCACCUCAUCAAUCUACACCAAUCCCGAUGCAAAAUCGUGGAUAUAUACCGAUAACACAGACAUGGCACCGAUUCAAGCCUUCCACCGUCGUCUUCAAGGUUACCAAGAAACCCCCUUGAUCCCUCUCCCCGACCUCUCAAAACAGCUAGGCGUCAACACCAUCUUCGUGAAAGACGAGAGCAGUCGUCUCAGUCUCCCUGCAUUUAAAAUCCUGGGUGCAUCAUGGGGCGUAGUUCGCGCCAUCAUUGACUUGCAGACACAAAAUCACACCAACUCAGAUCCAGAUCCAAUCCCCAACUCGAAUUCGAGCCUCGACGAAAUCGCCUCUGCCGCGCAGAAAGCCGGUACAAUCCUCUUCGCCGCAACCGAAGGCAACCACGGCCGCGCGGUAGCGCGCAUGGGCAAACUACUCAGCAUUCUCGUGCGUAUAUUCAUGUCGAAAUUCGCCGACGCAUGGACGAUACAGAAAAUCGAGAAGGAAGGUGCCUCCUGUGGCUGUGACGGUUCUCACGACGAUGCUGUGGCUAUGGCGCAUAGAGAGUCCCAAGCAACUCCCAACAACGGCUUGCUCGUGCAAGAUAACGCGUUCGAAAACUACGAACAGAUCCCGGCUUGGACCGUUGAGGGCUACUCGACGCUCCUAUUCGAAGUGGAGGACCAACUCGCCAGGCAAGGUUUAAAGGCCACGGCAAUUGUGACGCCAAUUGGCGUCGGAUCGCUGGGCCAUGCGGCCAUUGCACAUUGUAAAUCAAACAGACGAUACGUAAAGGUAUUGACAGUCGAGCCAACGACUGCGGCGUGUCUGUACCAGAAUCUCCAGGCGGGCAAAUGGAGCCCGAUCCCAACCUCAGCGACAAUUAUGAAUGAAAUGAAUUGCGGGACGGUAUCGCCGAUUUCAUGGCCGGUGUUUGAGAAGGGGGUCGAUGCCGCCAUCACGGUCUCGGACGCGGAGUGUCAUGACGCCGUGCAGUAUUUGCAGAGGCAUGGUGUGAAUGCAGGCCCUUGUGGUGCUGCAGCGCUGGCGGCGUUGAGGAAGGCUGCGGCGACGGAUCCGGAGCCGGCGGGUUUGAAUAAUAGGGAUGCUGUCGUUGUGCUCUUGAGCACUGAGGGGAAAAGAGAUUACGUAGUGCCAACAUACGAUAAAUAUUGA